CAAUCUCGUUUACUCAAACACCGAUUCCGUUCCCGUGGCCAGCAAUUAUCGAACUCUCCCAAUCCCCAGCCUCAAGUUCCCAUUUCCUUGCUUCUCCAUACGUCUACGAUUUCUCCACGGCCCCGGCUACAGUAGAAGCAAGCUUCUCCUCGGCCCAUGGCCGGCACGUGCUUCUCCACCGCGCGUCACGCCUUCGGUUCCGCCGCCGUGGACCCGCCUUCUAGGGCUGCCUUCCGGGCCGGAGCUUCAUCGCUGCUCCGGAUUUCUGCUGGGAGCGACGGAGUGAUGGCGACACGCGGCAACUCUGAGGGACCGUCUUGCAUUUACGUCGGCCCUAUUGAGACCGCCAGCAAAGAAACCCUCGAAGCUCUGUACCGUCAAGCAAGGGAUGCGUAUUACAGUGGCUCGCCUUUGAUAGUGGAUGACAUGUUUGAUAGAGUAGAGAUGAAGCUCCGGUGGUACGGUUCGAAAUCCGUUGUCAAGUAUCCUCGUUGCAGCCUCAGACGGCAAUCGACUUACUCGGAUGGUGAGGAAGAUAUCUCACAGGCCUUUGCAUUAGCAAGCAUAUGGAUCCUGUUUCUCACUGUGGGAAGCUGUAUCUGUGUUGGACCCAUACUCUACGCGAUCGGAAUAGCUUAUCAAGAUGCAUUUGGUCCCCCAAUUUCAAAUGGCGGUCAGCAUGAUGUGAUAAAGUUCCUUUCUUCAGCGAAUUUUGUUCUCUUCACGGCUGUGGGAUAUCUAGUUGGCUACCCUAUAGCAUCUGCAUCAGUUAAAGUGCUUCAAGGCCUUUGGAGGAAUGACUUGGUGGCACUCAAGGGAGCAUGCCCUAAUUGCGGUGAAGAGGUGUUUGCAUUUGUGAAGUCAAAUGUGACCGAGGACAACCCACAUCGGGCAAAUUGCCAUGUCUGUGAAAGCUUGCUAGAGUUCCGCACAAAGGUUGAGCAAACUGUGCCAAGACUUGGUAGACAGUGGGUCUAUGGUCGGAUAUACCUUGCAUCAAGAAGGCCAAGGAGAUGGAACAGGAUAUCAAGUUAGUUAUCUUGAUUUAUUGUAACAAUGUACAUAAUGAACUACUAUUCCCAAUGCCCCCAUUUUCCCGCCGCUGUAACUGUAUGGUCUGGUGUAUUGGAGGAAUAAGACGAUUGGACUUGGAUGGCUUUGCAUUGUUACUUAAUUAUGAAUCU